AUGGCAUAAUAAUUAGUCGAAGAAUUUAACGAUGGAUAUGAAAAUUAAGCUAUAAAUGAAGAAUAUAAAAUAUGGAAAAAAAAUGCACCUUUUUUAUAUGAUGUUUUAAUUACACAUGAAUUAGAAUGGCCAUCUUUAACAGUAUAAUGGUUACCAACUAAAGAUAUACCUUAAGAAAGCGAUUAUGCUAUACAUAAAUUAUUACUAUCAACACAUACAUCAGGAUAAGAAAAAGAUUUUUUAUUAAUAGCAAAAGUUAGACUUCCACUCGAAGAAACAACAUCCGAAGUUCCUGAAAGCCAAGGUGUACAAAUUAAAGAAAUAGGCCAAAGUGCUGGAGAUAAUAGAAUUGAAAUAGAAACAAAAAUUUUACAUGAAGGAGAAUCAAAUAGAUCAAGAUACAUGCCUUAAAAAUAUAAUGUAAUAGCAUCCAAAUUAAAUAAUGGUGAAAUCCAUGUUUUUGAUUAUACUUAACACCCUACUCAACCUGUAGGAGAUUAAGUUAAGCCAUAAUUAAGACUUACAGGUCAUACAUAAGAAGGCUACGGGCUUUCUUGGAAUCCCAAUAAAUAAGGUUAUAUAUUAUCUGGUGGUUAUGAUAAAAAAAUAUGUAUAUGGAAUGUUGAAGCUGCUUCUUAAUUAAAUACUGCAAUGAAUCCUUAUACUGAAAUAAAUUUUCAUAAAUCAGGUGUUGAAGAUGUCGCUUGGCAUUAAAUUAAUUCAGAUAUUUUCGGAUCUGUUAGUGAUGAUAAAACUGUAGCUAUAUGGGAUUUAAGAUAAAGAAAUACCGCAGGAAUUAUUAAUCCAGUACAUUGUACAUAAGCACAUAAAGGGGAAAUUUAUUGCAUCGAUUUUAACCCUUUUAAUGAGUAUUUAUUCAUUACAGGAUCUGAGGAUAAAACUGUUGCAUUUUGGGAUAUAAGAAAUACUACUAAAAGAUUGCAUACGUUUGAAGGACAUACAGAUUAAGUUUUAAGGGUAGAAUGGAGCCCUUUUAAUAUUGGGGUAUUUGCUAGUGCAUCUUCUGAUAGAAGAGUUAUUGUAUGGGAUAUUAGUAGAUGUGGAUAAGAAAUAAAAGGUGAAGAUUUGUAAGAUGGUGCUGCUGAAUUAAUGUUUAUGCAUGGAGGACAUAGAGCCAAGGUUAAUGAUUUUAGUUGGAAUACUAAAGAUCAUCUUGUUAUUGCUUCUGUGGAAGAAAAUAAUAUAUUAUAAGUUUGGUAAAUGGCAAGAAAUAUUUAUGAUGAUAAUGAAGAUGAUAACAAUUAAUAAAAUAAUAAAAACUGA